UCUACAUCAUACAACUCAAAAACAUUCAAAUGUACAAGCAAUCAAAACAUCAUUGAAUCAAUUCAUAUAAUAUAUCAAAAACAAAGCAGGAAAAAAAAGUGAUUAAUUUUAUAAGGAAUUUAAUCAAAAUGAGUUCAAGCAGGAGAGCGUGGAUAGUAGCAGCCAGUGUUGGAGCAGUGGAAGCCUUAAAAGAUCAAGUUGGAUUGUGUAGAUGGGAUUAUCCAUUGAAGUGUUUGGCACAACACACAAAGAAUAACAUAAGAUCUUACUCUCAAGCUAAGAAACUUUCUUCUUCUCUGAUUGCAAAGAGUGAAAAGACAGAGCAAUCUGAAGAAUCUCUGAGAAAAGUUAUGUAUUUGAGCUGUUGGGGUCCAAAUUGAAGAUUUUAAUAGUGAUGAUAGGAGACAGUAUAAAAUGUAAAAUUAGGCUAUGAUUGUAAAUAGGACAUACUGUACUAGUUAAGGGCAUGCCAUUUCAAAGAUAAGCAUGUAUGUCGAAAUCUUCCAACCAUUGUAUGUGAAAAAACUCUAUGAAGAGAGUUGAUCUUUCGGUGAAUUCAGGCAUUAACGGAUCAACUAAUUACAUCUCUUCCAGCUAACAUGCUUAAUUACAAGUAUGCUGUAAUACUAAUGAAUAUGCAUAUGGUUUUGAAAUUUGAA